CAGGUAAAAUGAGAAAAGGAUAAUCCUCAGUUUUGAUACCCUUACCACAGAAUAGACUCCUUACACCACAAACUAAAUCAGAAUAUACACGAUAAUUCAUUAAGAGGGAAAAAUAUUUAAAAUGUAAUUUGGGGGAUUUGUCUCUUUGAAAAGGCAGGGUGACAACUGCCAAUGUUACUUCUGAGCCAGCUGCUGGAAAUGAAUUAGAGUACCCAGAAGCUGACAUAACUGUUAAUUUUCCACUCUCUCAUGGGAAAGCAAAUGAACAACUGGUAUUCCAUGUGCUUCUGUUCUGCACAGCACAUGCAAAAGUAGCAUCAUACUAAAUUAAUUCACUGGGCUCUAUUCAGGUUAUAAAAAAAUUAUCAUGGAAAAAGAAAAGCCUUAAAUUUGAACAUCUUGAUAUUCUAACUACAAAUUCCCUUUCUUUAAUCCUUGAAGAUGUUGAUUCCUUGCUGCAUUACUGUUCCACAUACAGUGCGUUCCGGUUUUUUGGGACGCCUUGGGACCGGUACAUUUUGGCCCAAUUAAGCAGUUGCCUCAAUUAGCCAAAGUUCCUUGGAAAUAGUUAAAAAGGAAUAAAAAGAUAAACUAUCGAUUAACUGAAUAACAAAUUGUGUAUUUAAAUGAAAUACAGAAUAAAUUAGGACUCUGCAGUACUGUAAAACUGUGUAUUAGCUCCUAAUGGUUUUCAGCAGAGGAGUUCAUCCAGUGUAUGCUGCUGAGCUCUAUUGAUCGAAUGUCAAUGAACAAAAUCAGCACCGACACCUAGUGCAGAUAAUGGACAGUCUUCAUACAAUGCUAUCAACAAUUUAUCUUCCAUAGCUUCACUUACAUUUUAACAUGAAUAUCAAUAUCUUUGUAAUUCCUAACUUGUUGAAGUAGUGAAAGAGUUUCAUUUUCACUCUUGGCUGUUUCUGACAUCUCCAAGCCUUUAUGCUUGAAACUGCAGUGAAUAAACAAUUCUGAAUUGUCUUGCUGCUUAUUUCACACCUACUAUCAGAGACAAAAAUCACUGCUUUUGGAACAGAAACACACAACUGACGCUUUUUAAAACUGUUCGCUCUAAAUAUGGCGUAGCAUCUCACAGCCACACAAGUGGACACAAUUGACAUUAGUUCAGCAACAGCCUCCUGUCCCAAUUAAACUGCAGUGUCCCAAAUAAACAAACGGAAUCCUAGCUAUUUUCUCAAUUGUUUUUGUUCUUUAAGAGUUGUCCCAAAUAAGCAACCGCCACAAUUAACCACCGCAUAUCCUUCAGUCCUUCAAACACACAUCAUUUGUGUAUUCACAGUAAAUGCUGGUGAUAUUUUGUGUGCAACUGAAUUUCUAUUAACUCCAAAGCUCUUCCAGCAACAAUCACUGAAAUAGGUACUCUGAUUAUCUCAUGUUCUCGUUAUUUAUAUUUGCAUACGCAGAUUGUUGUCUUCUGCACUCUGGCUAAUCUUUCAUUGAUCCUGUUAUAGUUACUAUUCCAUUGAUUUGUUGAGUAUGCCCCCAGGAAAAUUAAUCUCAGGGUUGCAUAUGGUAACAUACAUGUACUUUUUAGAAUAAAUUUACCUUUACUUUGAACUUCUGCUUAAAAAGCUACUGAACCCAACUGUAACAUUUCUGGCUUGUGUCAUUAUGGCCUCAAAGCUGAAUGAAGAUUGGCCCAUGAUUGUCAUGGUCUAUGGCUUAGUUAAAGACUGGAUAAGUUGGCUGACGGAACCUGCUGCUUAUUGUUCGGAACUGGCCAGUUGGAAAAACACUUUGCAGGUGUGGAAACCACAUUAUAUAUAAGUUAGCAUAAAUGUACCCUUCCAAAAUGGUUUCAAGAAGAGAUUGUGCAGUUCACAAGUUAUAAAAGUAAUUGAACAAUGUAAUUUAAUUGCUUCUGUAGUAUAUUCUGGGUAACUUAAGAAAUAGGUAACAGGUUCAUCCCCAACUGAACAAGCUACUCCGGUUUUAAUUUUUUUCCAAAUUGCUAUUUAUCACAAACUGCCAUUUCUUCUCUAAUAUUUGAAUCACUCAAUCAAUGGUCAGUUAUUCUUGUAAUUCCCUUCUCAACUUCCUUUGAUUACCAAUUAAUUCAAUUAUACAUCAGAAAUGAUACCCAUUUAGGAAAAUGACUUCAGAUUGCAAUGACUGUCAAGUUUCCCGGAAGAUCUAUCCAACUUAUAAUUUGCACAAUGCCUAUUUAUUAACAUCAUAGAUGGCUCUCAGAUGUAUAUCACAAAGACUUAAGUACAUCUUUAAGUUUCUACCACCAACUCUAUUGUUGGUCACUCAUUCCAUUCACUGUCCAAAUUACUGUUGCAGGUUGUAUCAGACUGUUCACAAUCCUUAAUCUCCAACUUUAAGGCUUACUUGCAAAACUCAGCCCUUUGGGCUACUUCCUUCCCAUUUGCCCUGUCUACUGUUAUGCAUCCUGUUUUUUAAAAAAACUAAAUGACAACUUAUCAGACUGGGAAAAAAAAGCACAGGAGAAGACAUUUUGGCCUAUUAUGCUUGGGUGGUUUUUUGAAAGAGCAUGCCAAUUCCUAUUUCUCCACAAUUCAACAAGUACAUUUUUCCAAAUUCUUUUUAAUAAUUUCUAAGCAAGCUGUUUUCACCACCCUUUCAGGUAAGGACAACUUUAAAAUUAGUCAUUAUCAUUUCUUCACUGUCUCUGGUCAACAGAAAAUUUCCUUACUUUUGGUACACUGGAAUUAUCUGUGAGGAAAUGCAUGCAUUAAAUUUCAACUGGAUUCACAAAAGUUAUAAUCUGUAUGAUUUACAGUAUUUCAACUUCAAUUUUCAUUGCAUUACAUUUUAUCAAGAUUUUCCAUUCAACUGUGCAAGUAAACAUGUGCAUAAUUGUAGGCAAGCUGGUUCUGACUUUACAGGAAGUGUAUUUAAAAUAUUGAAGGUUCUCUUGCAGAAACUCGACUCAACACUCUCAGAGAAGAAAAUGAGAGGGGGAGUGGAGGGAAAAAAGCGCACAGAGACGAAAAGAGAGAGAGAGAGAUUCUCUCUCUUAAGACAGAACACAGUACACAUAGGAAUAGGCCCUUUAUCCCACAACGCCGAAAUAAACUUAAUUCCAUCUGAUAGACAGCCCUCCAUUCCAUGCCUCUUGAAUGUCACUAUUCCAUCUACCUCCACCACCACAUUAUUAACAAACCAUUUCAGGCACCGACCACACAUCCACCAGUACCAAAUAACAUUUCUGGACGCUAAUUAGGGAAAUAAAACAGUUUUACAUGACAUUAAAAUGGGAGAAUCACUAAGCCCCAAACAAAGCAAUGGCAGUUGUUAAACGGUUUAAAAAUUAUAUUUUAAAAAAUUGUGCACAUUUUAUAAUUUAACAAAUUAAAAAACCGUUAAAGUGUUUAGCAGCCGGGAUACCAGUUAGCGAGCGAGCAGCAUUGAGCCUGUUAUUCCUUCAAGGUUAGUUACUAGACGCAGCGCAGAAAACACUUAUCACGAAUUGCCCGUUAAACUACCAGUUUUCUCGUUUAAUUGUUUUUGGCCCUAACGUGUUUCUCUAAAUUCCCCGAAGGAAUGAAACACUCCUCUCACUCUCUCUCACACACACACACACGCGCACAGAUGGGAGUCUCUUCCACCGCAGCCACCAUGUUUGUUUCUUAAAACAAACCCAGAAUCACGACGCGGCUCCUCAGGCGCAAAUCUGCGACGUUACUGACAAAAAAUAAAUCCCAGGUCGAACUCGACCGUUCGCCGGCUGUUUUGCGAAGACUGCAGAUCAAAAGCGAUCGCACAGUUGUAUUAUAAAAAAAACACCCACAAACGCAGCGGCACAGAGGCCCCCGCCCCCCCCUCUCCCCGAGCAGCAGGAUGCGAGCAGCCGCCAUUUUGUGCGAGGCGAGCUCGGCCGGUGUGUGAGGGAAGGGGGAGGGGUGUCGUGUAAUGGUUGAAUAGGGGCACCCCCUCCCGGGGCCCAGGCUGUGGUGGCCGGUCUGCUUGAGACGAGGCGCUAUUGUCUCGCUUCUCGGAGGGAGGCUCGAGCCGCUGCUGUUUGGUGCCUCGGCCGCCGCUGCCAGCACCAGCGCCGCCGGGGUGGUUUUAUCCCUCUUGUGUGUGUCUUUCUCUCUCUCUCCCCCUCCCUUUCGUCUCUCUCUCUCUCUCUCUCUCUCUGUGCGCUUUCUUUCCCUCCACCCCCUUCUCUCGUUUUUUUUCUCUGAGAGUGUUGAGUCGAGUGACUGCAUGGAGCCGCUUACACCACCGCAGCCUGUGUAACAGCGUCAAAAAGCAGCAGCAACACACACACACACACACACACACAUAAACCACAACAGUACCACACAAUAGAGAACAAGAUGUAAGUUUUCCUUUUGUAUUUAUUUCUUAUUCUUCAUCUGGCGGUCGAAAGAGUCCCGAACCGGGUCGUUACUCCUUUUUUCCCCUCUUUUUUUUCCCCCAUUCCUUCUUAAAACUUUCGUACUCGCUCCACCAUCAAUGACUGAGCGGCAGUGGAAUGGCUCUCUCCUUUAGAUACUGAGGGAAGUUUGAGGGGGUUAUUCUUUUCCAUUUGUUUUUACACACACACGCACCCCUACACACACACAACACAAUAACAAUAACAAUGAAAAAGAUGGCAAAUCCGACGGGGAAAUUGCAACCUUUAGAGCCGCGGAGAAAAAGACUGGCGUUCUUGGAGGAGCUGCGGCAAUUUCACCAGAACAGAGGGACGCCUUUUAAAAAGAUCCCAAUAGUAGGUGGCAAGGAGCUGGAUCUUCACGCUCUCUACACCAGAGUCACCAGUCUAGGUGGAUUCGCCAAGGUAACCGAUAAGAACAAAUGGUCACUGAUAACAGAGGAGUUGAACUUUCCUAAAGGUUGUCCAAAUGCAGCAUUUGCCUUAAAGCAAUAUUACUUACGUUACCUUGAAGCUUAUGAAAAGGUACAUCACUUUGGGGAAGAUGAUGAAGAGCUUAGUUCAGGUGGUCAACGAGGAGCAGUUCCAGUUGGUGGGGUACCUUCAUCAUACAGUUACCAGCAGCAUAUAUUGUCAGAUUAUAUUCGGCAAAGCUAUGGACUUAAUACAGAGUUUGUCACAGUUAGUAUCUACAAUAAACUGGUGCUUUCCCUUAUGUCUGGACUACCUAAUGAAGUAGAUUUUGCAAUUAAUGUUUGCACUCUUCUCUCAAAUGAGAGUAAGCACAUAAUGCAACUUGAAAAGGACCCCAGAAUCACCACCAUACUGCUUGCACAUGCUGGCGUUUUUGAUGACACUUUGGGAUCCUUGUCUUCUGUAUUUGGAACAGAGUGGAAAGAAAAAUCAGGCAGAGAUUUUUUUCAGUUUUGGAAAGACAAUAUUGAAGAUAAUGAAAUACGAGAGCUCAUUAUUUUUAGGAACAAUGGAUCACAAGGUGUAGAUAUAGAAAUGGACGUGGGGAAGUCUUUAUUUCACCCUUCUCAUAAACUUGGCAUUAAUGAUGUUGAGGGGCAACGGGUGCUUCAGAUAGCAAUAAUCCUUCGCAAUUUGUCAUUUGAAGAAAGAAAUGUGAAGUUAUUGGCAGCUCACCGUACAUGCAUCCGGUUUCUUUUGUUGUGUUCCCAUUGUCAGUAUGCUUCUCUCAAGCAACUUGGGCUAGACACAUUGGGUAACGUUGCAGCUGAGCUUCAGUUGGAUCCUGUUGAUUUUAAAAGUACACAUCUAAUUUUUCAUACAGUAACAAAGUGUCUUUUUUCCUGUGACAAGUGUUUGAAGAUAAGAGGUAUGGAAAUACUAGGAAACCUGUGUAGAGCUGAAGAUAAUGCAGACUUGAUAUGUGAAUAUGUGGAUCAAGAGUCAUACAGGGAGAUCAUAUGCCAUCUAACUUUACCUGAUAUGCUGCUGGUAAUCUCUGCAUUAGAGGUGCUAUAUAUGCUUACUGAACUAGGAGAAGUACCCUGUGCAAAGAUAGUUAGUGUGGAAAAAUGUGUGGAUAUGUUGGUAUGUCUUGUGUCAGUGGACAUCCAGUCAUUUGGGUCUGAUACAUCUACUACCUUCAAACUAAUAGAAUAUCAGAGUUCCAAUCACCAAGUAAUUUCUGAGGUCAGACCACAAGCAAUGGAGCACUUACAACAAGCGCCAAUCCAGACUACACCAGCUUCAGCACCAAGAGGUGGCCCUGCAGCAGUAACCUUGCCAGGAAUGGAAGUUGACAGUGAAAAGUUCUGUUGCCAGUGGUUAAGCACACACCUUGAGAGCUGUUUAGAAGGCUUUAUCUCACGAACAGACCUAUAUUCAGAGUACCUUUCUGUAUGCAGUAAAUUGGCUCGGGGUGGAAUUCUGACAUCAGCAGGAUUUAACAAAUGCCUCAGGUCCCUGUUUCCAACACACACAAUAAAACGAAUAGAAGAAAAUAAUGGGCAAGCGCAAAUACACAUAGUGGGGAUCCAGAGAAGGGCUACACCGCUUCCCAUGCAGCCACAGUACCAGCAAAUACAAGCUGUUCACUCAAUCACACCAGAGCUGACACAAAGCCCACAUCCUUCAGCAGAGACGGUGGUAAGCCACUUCCAACGGAACCCUGUAGCUAACCUUUCUACUGCGCAACCAGGAUCUCAAAUGAUCUACACAUUUCAACAAAGUGUCCCAGCUCCAAACAUUACAAGCAAAAUACAAGACCAAACUGGCCUGGCACAACCACACCAAAACGCUGCUGUGACUGUUGUACAAAGCAGAACUCCAGUUACAAGUGAAGCAGCAAGAUGUUCACUUGUGCAGUCUUCAACCGUCAAUACUCAAACCCCAGCUUCCGUACCAUAUUCAUUGAUGGGAAGCAACAUUCCCCAAGGAACGUUGAUCCAAAACCAUGCCACGACAACAUUAACAACGACACAGCCUGUGACAACUUCUCAGCAAUUGCUUCAGCAUCCACACUUACUUCAGCAGCAGCUUCCUGGUCACCAGCUCUCUAUACCAAUUGUAUCUUCUAAUCAGGUGAAUACUUCUGCCACAACAACUGUUACUGUGAUACAGCAGGCUGUUUCUCACAGCCAUUCAGCAAAUAUAUCAGCCAACACAGUUACUGUCCAAGGACAGUUGUUAUCGGGUACAGUAACCCACCCUGUACAGACGUCCUGUCACCAGCCAAAAACACACAACCAGCAAGACAAUGUUUUGUUGGCAUCUCAACACUAUUCAACCACCCCUAGUCCUGCUGUUGUCUCUGGUGCUGCAGUACAAAAUUUUCAAGUGUCAACAGGUCAAGUGGUUGCAAUUACUGGUGUUCAAAGCUCUCCAGUCCCUAGGAUGAGUUUCCAGACGAUAGCACCAAAGCCAACGGGAGUGGUUCCACAGCACGUUCAGUCUACUCUGAUGCAACAGCAACCCCAGCAAAGUGUACAUAUGAUUGUUAGUCAGCCAGCUUCCCAGGGACAGAAUUUUGCUCCUGCAAUUCAUCAGAUAUUGUUGACAAACCCAGCCUCUGUUCAAGCUGGCCAAGCUAUUCAGUUGGCUGGGAAUGCAAGUGUGACCCCUUCAUCUUCGCCAUCUCCCCUACCUGCCAACAACAAUCAGGUACAAAUGGGGUUGGUUACUCAGCCUUCAACGCCUCAGAUGCAGGGGCCUCAAACUGUGAGCAAAAUGCUCUCUGUGAAACGGCAGCAGCAACAGCUGCAGCAACAACAACAUCCCCAAAAGCAAUUCCAGGUGCAGCUUCAGUCUCAGCAAACAGGGGCAGCUUCUAAUCAGCCACCCUCUGGCGAGUCUAGUUUAAUAAAACAGUUACUUCUCCCAAAAAGGGGUCCCCCUACUCCAGGAGGUAAACUUAUAUUACCUGCUCCUCAAAUGCCUCCUCCUUCUCCUGCUAGAGCUCCUGGACCUCAGGUAGUCUACCAAAUGACUCACAGUCAGGCAACGAAUAUUGGAGUUCAAGCCCCAGCUCAGCAAUUAGUAGUUGGACAACAAAAUGUGCAGCUCGUUCAAAGCCCCAUCCACUCACAAGGGGCAAUGCAAACAGUGGCAAUUCCUCAUAUGCAGAUCUUACCGGGUCAGUUGAUCUCUGCUAGUAACACUGCUACUCUUCUCCAAGGGUCAACAGGCAACCAGGUGACCAUAACGGUUGUGCCAAAUACCACCUUUGCUACUCCUGCUGGAAGUCACUGCAGUGGAACGCAGAUCAUAGCCCCUGCAGGGAUUUCCAUUGGUGGGUCGCAAGCAGGUGUUGGCCUCCAAGUGCAAACGCCUUCACCUAGCGUGGCGCCAUUGAGUGGACAGGGGAAAAGUUCGGAAUCUGAAACCGUGUUUGCAGGUGAUAAAAUUAUUUGUCAAAAGGAGGAAGAAGCAAAAGAUACUACAGACUUGCAUCUGCAUGAACGUAAAAUAGAAAUCAUGGAGAACCCCUCUUGUGCAGAGGGGGCUGCUGGUACAACCAAUGGUGGCUUAAAGGAAAGUGAUAUGCAAGGGGCUAAACUUGUAAAUGGAAAAGAACAUGUUAGUUCACGUCUACCUCCAUCUAACUCAGGGAUUGCUCAGUCUCAGCCCAUGCAGUGUACGCUGGCUUCAAAUGGACCUUUGACAGGAGUAAGUCAAAAUGUAACAAAUGGGAAGCUGAAUAUAGAUUGUGCAGAGGUGCAGGAAAUUAAAAAAGAUCCUUUGAAGCUCCCCAUGGUAAAUGGGAUCUGUGACUUUGAAAAAGGGGAUGGUUCACACUUAAGCAAAAACAUUCCAAAUCAUAGAGCUUCCAAACACAUGGAAAAUGGUGAUAUUAUUGCACAGGAGCAAUUGGACAGUAAUCAGCAAAAUUCUGCCAAAAGUGUUCAAUCAACCAAAAUGCAUAAUGGACCUGUUUCUGUAGGAAAUUCUAGUGCUAGCUGUACAGUGGUUUCAAACUCUGUCGACCAGCGGAUCAGUGAUGCAAACUCAGGAUUAUCCAAUGGACCUAUGACAGCUGCCAUGAAUUCAGUGGUGCCUCAGCUUCCGCAAUGUCCAAGUUCAGCCGUGUCUUCAGUGUCUAACUCAACAGCUUCACUCCAAACUGGGCCUGUAGCUAUACAUUCAGUACAGCUUUAUCAGACUCCAACAACUAAUGGUUCACCUGAAUGCCACCCUUUAAAAAGGCCAGCUGAUUGCAAAGAUAAUUUAUCAGGAAUUCCAAAUAAAGUAGGAGUAAGGAUUGUUACCAUCAGUGACCCUAACAAUGCUGGCUGUAGUUCAACCAUGGUGGCUGUACCAGUAGGAGCUGAUUCCAAUAGUAUAGCAAAAGUAGCAAUGGACAGUGUAACGCAACAAAAUCAGCAUCCACCUGUUCUUGCACAGGGGAUAGUUAAUCAGUCUUCUCCUUCAGCAGUAACAUCAUCAACACCACCAGCAACAGUCCAGCAAAACAGUUCCCAGUGCCUCCAGACUCAAAUACCAUCGCUGCAGAAAAAUGGAGAACUAACACGAAAGCCUGGACAGAAUUUCAUGUGCUUGUGGCAAGCAUGCAGGAGAUGGUUUGAUUCUCCAUCCCAGGUAUACUACCAUGCAGCAACUGAGCAUGGAGGCAAAGAUGUGUAUCCUGGGGCAUGUAUGUGGGAAGCCUGUGAACAAUUCCCACGACAAAGAUUUUCCUUCAUUACUCACUUGCAGGAUAAACAUUGCACAAAAGAAGCACUCCUCACAGGACUGAAGAAGCUUGAAGAGCAAUCACACAAUGGAAACAGUCAGUCUUCUAACAAGCAGACACCUGCUGGGGCUGCUUCCACUCCUAAAGCACAGAAGACUAUUGUGAAUCAUCCCAGUGCUGCCUUAGUGGCAUUGAGAAGAGGAUCAAGGAACCUUGCAUUUAGGGACUAUAUGGAUGAAAAAGAAAGCCCAAUUACAAAACACAUCCGGCUAACAGCUGCCUUAAUCUUAAAGAAUGUUGCUAAGUAUUCAGAAUAUGGUCGCAGACUACUAAAAAGGCAUGAGAACCAAUUGUCUGUACUAGCACUUAGUAACAUGGAAGCUUCCAGCACUCUUGCCAAAUGCCUUUUCGAACUUGUCCAUCUAGAACAAUUACAACAACCAGAAAAUAAAGUCUGAAAGGGUGAAUUGAAUUCUGAAGUAUCGUUUACAGGGUUUUGAAGUAAGCAAGAAGUCUUAAUGAGAAAUGACCAUUGUGGACAGUUUUUAAAAGAAAAACUUUUAUCCGUAAUGCACAGAAGCUUAACAUUUUGAUCACAAGUGGAGUCGAGUGUUGACAAGCUUUUAAAAGGAGUACCAACUGUGUGAUCAGAAUCCAGUAGCAUUUUUAAAGUUGGAUAUAAUUAAUUGAGAGAGGAUCAAUACAGAAUAAUAGCAUUAAAUAUUUUUACCCUGCACCCCCUAUGAGCACAUUUUUAUAUUUCAGAAUUAGUGACUAAGCUGGGUUUAAUAGAACAGAAAUUGACACACUGGAUGUAAUCCCUGCCAUCUGAGAGGUUGCAGUUAUUUCUAGUGAUGUGCUUUCUUGUUUAGAAAUCGGUAGCUUGUUUUUUCAUACUUGAGCCAAUAUAUUUUCACUUAUUUAUUAUCAUAUGAUCAGUUGUAAAUAUUUGUGAAUAAAAUUAACCAACUUUCAUGCCACUGCAAUCACUGGAAACACAACGUGGUGUCAUAAUAGCAUUAUUGUUAGGAUAUAGGACAUUGUGUUUCCUGCCAUUUGUAAGUAAUUGUGAUAUAUUGUCUGCAGUGGAUGAAUGUUCUUUAAUUCUUUGUAAAUAAUUCUGUAAUGGUACCAAUGCUGUAAAGUCAAGAGCAGUUUUGUGGAACUGAUUUUUUUGUAUUAUACACCUUGUAGAACUCAUUUGCUGGUUGAAAGAGUAUGGAAUAAUAUAUCUCAUGUCAUUUUGUAGAAAAAAAACUAUUGAAGGUAUUUUUGGUUUACCCUAACUUGGACCCACUGAAGAUAUCACUUUGUACAAGCUCGGAGCUUGUACAGGAUUUUUUCUAUUUGUAAAUUGGUUUAAAUACGAGGAAUUUUAUACACUUUUUCUCCAUUGUAUUAUAUUUACCUUGGGUGCUGGGAUGUUAUUUUUUCCACUAUUCAAUGAUUUCCCCAUCCCCCACUCCAAUUAUAGUGCAGUAUUUUAGUGCUUGUUCUCCCAUCUUCAAUAUUGUACCACAUCACAUUCCUCUUCAGAACCUGUUCAUGGUUAUGUCCUGAAUGGUGUGUUAUGUGAUUUUCAUAACUGCCUCUUUGCCUGGUGUAUUAGCAUCCAGAGGAGGGAACACUCUCCCAUUUCCUUCUGUGUCUGUAGAAUGUGCAGUAAAAACAUACAACAGUUUUACAUUAGAUAACUUUAAUUACUUUGACUGUUUAUAGUUUUAAAUAAAAAGACUGGACACUUUCA